UUAUUUUAUCGUGAGAACGAGGAUGCCGGUCUGCGCCGCCGCGACCCAUCCGUCUGUGUGCAUCCGUUGCUAACUUCAUUUGUGUGUCCACUGUCCAGUGUCCACCAACAACAUAACACACAAAACUCUUCCCGGACCUCUAAACGGAUAAACUUCAACAGUUCAACAUUAUUAAUAUCGAAAUAAUCGCUGUACUUGUGUAAGUCGUUGUUUGCUUAAUGUUUCGCUCCGUCGUUUUCGUCCUUAGUCAACUAUCUCAGUUCGCCCGAUCCCCUAUGCUGUUCGCCUGAGAGUCCAACAUCGUCGCCUGAUGCUCCACUUGCUGUUGUAUUGAUGUAUCGCCGGAAAUCGUAGUCGUAGCAAUGGCUUCGCCGAGCUCCGGACCUCCACUGAACACCCGUAUAGCCCCUCCGAUGAUACCGCCACCAGCAUUCCCCCCAUCAACUCAGAUGGGCUUUACGCCAGGUGCCAUACCUCCCGGCUUUAUGGCUGCGGCACCGAUGGGCAUUGGACCGCCAGGCAUACCACCACCGUUCAUGCCUCCGUUCAACAUGAACUUGCCAGGCGAAAUUGUUGGAGCUCCAGUAUCUUUUAACAAAUCCAUUUCACUACCAUCAAAUGAUGAAACUAAACCUACAAGUGAUUGGACUGAACAUAAGGCUCCAGAUGACAGAUCAUAUUAUUAUAAUGCAGGAACCAAACAAAGCUCUUGGGAAAAACCAGAUGAGUUAAAAACAAAAACAGAGCUACUAUUAGAUCAAUGCCCAUGGAAGGAAUACAAAUCAGAUACUGGUGCUACAUACUAUCAUAACAUUAAUACAAAAGAAGCAAGUUGGACCGUACCACCUGAAUUAGAAGAGUUAAAAAUGAAAAUUGCCUCUGAACAGGGAAUAAUUCAAGCUCCUCUAAUACAGCAGUCCUUGGAAAUUCCAAUUGAUAGAGGAAUGGAUUCAAUAGAUUCUGGAUCAGCUAUGGAUCAAGCAAUGGCAGCUACUUUAGCUUCUAUAGCUGUUCCUGAUGAAAAUAGACCUGCCAAUAAUGUAUCUAGUAAAGGAUUCAAAUCUAAAUUCCAAGCACAAGAAGUACCAAUUUUGAAAAAUAAACAAGAAUUAAUUGAUGCGUUCAAAGAACUUCUUAAGAAAAAGAAUAUUCCAAGCAAUGCCUCAUGGGAUCAAACUGUAAAAGUUAUUAGUCGUGAUCCACUUUAUCCACAAGUAAAGAAGUUAAAUGAAAAAAGGCAACUUUUUAAUGCAUAUAAAACACAAAGACAAAAAGACGAAAAAGAUGAACAUCGAUUAAAAGCUAAAAAAGCUAAAGAGGAUCUAGAAAAGUUUUUUAUGAAAAAUGAAGAUGUCACGUCUAAGACAAAGUACUACAGACUAGAAGAAAAAUUUGAGCAUUUAGAUAUAUGGAGGAAUGUGUCUGAAAUUGAUCGCCGUGAUGUAUAUGAUGAUGUCAUGUUUAAUUUAGCCAAAAGAGAAAAAGAAGAAUCUAAGUUACAAAAAAAACGUAACAUGAAACAAUUAGCAGCAGUAUUGGAUUCUAUGACACUAGUUGAUCAUACAACAACUUGGUAUCAAGUUCAAGAAAUGCUUCUUAACAAUCAAAAUUUUGUUAAUGAUCCAAAGUUAUUAGGCAUGGAGAAAGAAGAUGCUCUUACAGUAUUCCAAGAUCAUAUCAGAGAAUUAGAAAAAGAAGAAGAACAUGAUAAAGAAAGAGAAAGAAGAAGAAGAAAACAACAAGAGCGCAAAAACCGUGAUAACUUUGGUAUGUUUUUGGAAGAACUCCAUCAACAAAGCAAAUUAACAUCAGUGUCAUUAUGGAAAGAGUUAUAUCCUAUUAUAAGUACAGAUGUUAGAUUUUCAGCUCUUCUUGGUCAACCUGGUUCCACAGCUUUAGAUCUUUUUAAAUUCUACGUGGAAGAUUUGAAAUCCAGAUUUCAUGAAGAAAAAAAAAUUAUUAAAGAAAUACUCAAGGAACACUCAUAUAUAGUUGAUGUAAAUACUACAUUUGAAGAAUUUGCUCGAGUAGUUUGCUUGGAUAAACAAUCAGAAACUUUGGAUGCUGGCAAUGUGAAAUUGGCUUAUAAUGGUUUUGUUGAAAAAGCUGAAGCAAGAGAAAGAGAAAGAUUACGGGAAGAAAAUAGGAGACAGCGGAAAUUAGAAACAUCAUUCCGUUCGUUGCUUAAAGAAAUGGAUGUGGACUAUAAAUCUAAUUGGGAUGAUGUACGUGGACAAAUUGAGAACCACCAAGCCUUCCAAGCCAUAACUUUAGAAUCUGAAAGACUUCGUAUUUUUAAGAUUUGUUUUAAGAAUGUACAAAGAAAGUUAAACAAAAUAUUUAAGAGAAACUUAAUUAAAAAAUAUACAUGUUUAGAUGUAUAUAGUACUGAUUAUUUAAAUAAACACGAAUUUGAUCAUGAAUUCAUACUUGAUACAGAAGAAGUUUGUAAUCAUCAUCAUUCUAAAAUGAAAAAAUCAAAGAAAAAUAAAAAACAUAAAAAGAAAUCUCGAUCAAAGUCAUUGGAAUCCACUGAUUCUGAAUAUAAGUAUAGAAAAAAGACCAAAGAGGAUUCGCCUGAUGUCAUAAGCGAUAGUGAAAACCGAAGGCGAAAAAAUAAGAAAUCGAAAAAAAAGAAACAUUCAGAAAGUCCUGUCACCCGAUCUCGUUCUAGGUCGUCGAGUCUGAGGAGAUCUGAUUUAGAAGAUGUGAAAAAUAAGAAAAAUUCCAAAUCGGCCGAAUUGAGUGAUGACGAUUUAGAAGCUAAACGAAAAGCAUUGCUUGCUCAGUUGCAUGAUGAAAUGAACUAAAUCAAUUUAUUUUGUUGUACAUAGUUACAUUAAUAAUAUGUUUUACGUUUUAAUAUUAUAAUUUAUUUCCUGAAUAAAUUAUAAUGAUGGAAAACAUUUCUAUGUAUAAUCGAUUGCAAGUUUUUAAAUUUGCCGUAACCAAUAACCAUUUUAUGUAUAUUUACUAUAUAGAAAUGGUUGUUGUAUAAAUAUGAUAAAAUAAAAUAAAUCAUAAUAUGAAAAUGUGUUGAUGAACUCGAAAGAUAAAUUUUUUUUUAUUAACUAUUCUAUUUUAUUUUACAUUUUUUUUAAAAUGUUUAAUAUUAAAUACCCGUGUAACAUUGUCUAUUAUAGGCUGGCUAUGGUACUACUUCACGCAUCAGUUCACUGCAAGUACUUAUUGACUGUAAAUGAGUUGUAGUUGGGCUCAGUUAUUAUCAAAGUUAAAAUAAAAUGUGGUUUCUGCCGCCGUUAUUGUAAAAAUUCCAUAUAUUUUAAUAAAUUGUACAUAAUAUAUAUUUUUUUUACUGUC